UUCCCGCGCGUAACAGUGAGGUUACCAUUUCGAAAACUUCGCAGCCAGUUAUGAAGAUUGUUUAAGUUCGUUUCUUCCCUAAAUUGUAAGAUCUAUAAAACGAGAAAUGGGUGUGAUAAAGACUUACGUGUUGCUGAUCACCAUCCAGCUGGUGUACGUGAUUAACGCUCAAGAAGUGGUGCGACGCGUGCCACAGGGUUUCCUCGGUGUGCGCGGCAAGAAAUACUACGAAUACGGCGCAAAUGAAUACUACAAACGGAAGCCCCAAUACUUCAUCGGAGUGAAGGGCAAAAAAGACUACGACAUUUCAGAAGGUGAUUUCAAACGUGUUCCAAUGGGCUUCAUAGGCAUGAGAGGCAAGAAAGAGUACCUGUACCCAGAGUUCAUGGUCUACCCCGAGAGCUACGAGUACAUCCCGAAACAUUCAGGUUCCUUGAUCGGUCAGAUCGAUUAUUCCACUGACGAGAAUUCCAACCUACCCGAAUAUCCAAUUUUGAACGAAUUCAUUAACGAGUACAUACAAAAACUGCGAUCUAAUCUGAACAACGAGGUUUCCACGGAAACCAGUGACAUUCCAGAAGAUUCGAGCCUCUCGAAUGAGGUGGAAAAACGGACUAACAUACACAAAUUCUUCGGCGUACGUGGGAAGAAAUCCGUACAGGAUAAAAGACCAUAUGAUGUAUCGUUUCGUGGGAAAUUCAUCGGCGUUCGCGGUAAGAAGGACUUGAAAAACAGCGGAGCGCAGGAGAUUAAGUUUUUGCUGAAUAGUCCGUGGCCUAAACGAAAGGGGCAGACGGGGUUCCUAGGAAUGCGCGGCAAAAAGUGGGCCGAGAAUGACAGCGUUUUAGAUUCUGAACCCAACGGCGACAUGGCGAUGCCGAACUAAUACUUCGAAGACACAUUCAUUUAUUUAUAUCAAAACCUAGUCAAAAAAAAAACAUAUCGUAAGCGCGUUCUCUCCCGGCAAAGUUAUAUAAGGCUUAUUCUAGCGUUGAACAAUUUCUAGAAUUUAGUCCAUACUUAUAAGUAUUUAUCAGUAUUAUAUGAAUAUUAAUUGUUUAAUGUUUAUGUUUUGCUUAAUCAUUUAUUGCUAUCAAUUUUAAAUGAAUGAAACAUUCGACUUGUAUUUAAUUAAUAAGUAUUUUAAUUUAAGUGUGUUUUAUUUAUCGAAAGUAAAUUACAUUAAAUUUCAUAGAACACUACAAUGUAGGAGCAAUUUAGUUCUCACGUAGAAUGAUUUCGAAGAACACUACAUUGUAAACAGCAAUUUAGUUUUCUCGUACUUAGAAUGAUUUAAUAAAAAUAUGGAUAAA